UUAGCGCUGUAUGUCGCGGUGGCAGUCGUUACUGUUUGGCGCUCGCGCCGUUAUUAUCUCAUUGUCAUUUCUCAGUGAAAUUCUCACAUUAUACCUACUUAUCUAAUGCGACUAUGCACGUUCUAUAUCGCAACUAGAUAGUCAAAAUUCUCCAAUCUCCAUUGUAACAGUUGUGCGGUUGUCGGUCUUUAAUUUCUUAUUAUAUUAUACAUUGUUUAUGAUGUCAUCUAAGAACGCUUCGAAGUGUGUAGUACAUGGCUGUAAAUCCAAAGGUUUGGUCUGCCAUCGAUUUCCAAAUCCGAGAAUACAUAUGCCCAGACUUUUGGAAUGGAUUAAAAUUGUAGGUUUGGAUAAUAUGACACCAGAUACUGUUUAUACAACUAAAUUUAUAUGUGCCAUGCAUUUUACAUCAGACUGUUCAAGUCCAGGCACCAAGCGGCUUAAUGCAAAUGCAUAUCCGACUAUUAAUUUGCCAACAAUCAACAUUAGCACAUCCAACACAAUAGUAUCCCCUAAUGAUUUGGAUGUAGUGUCAAACAAUGACAGUGAACAUGUGUUGGAUACAUCAAAUAUAUCAGGAUUUCAUGUUUUAGAAACAUCAUUAAUUGAUGAAUCCAUAAUUGGUAAAUUAUAAUUUUUGUAUGCAUAAUAAUAGUCUUCUUCGCUAUCAAGUUUUGGUGCUUUAAAGUAUUUGCGUAUUUUUUUGAAAUACAAAAAUCUAGCUGAGUGCU